GCGCCAUCUAUUGGCAGGUUUUUCAUGCUAUGUUAGUGUUUUCUGUUAUUUAGUGAAUCUUUAAAUGUGGAAUAACUUAGUUACACUAGAAAUAAGUGAAAAUGAACGAACAGAAAUUAGAAAAAAUAACGAAACAAUUUAUGUGCGCUUUUCCUUUAUCUUUAUUCGACUGGCAAGACAUUUUUGAGUCGAUUUUGAACGAAAACGAGCAAGAAGAGCUUCUAAAUAGAACGGUCAAAUCAAAAUUACUACAGAAAUAUCCCAUACAAUUAAAUUACCAAAAGUUAUUCCUAAAACACGUUAUAAAUAAAUUAGAAAGUUCGCAAAAUUCAUUACAGGAAACUGUAAUCCAUGAUGGAGUUUACGAAGUAUACGGCCACUUGGUAGCAGCAGUAGAUUCAUUUAAAAAUUACAAACAUUACUAUUUGAACGAUUGUAAUAUAAUUACAUUGAAAGAAAGCAAUAAUUUAAUUUCACAAGGAACGACUGGUUUAAGGACCUGGCAGGCAUCUCUAGCGCUCUCCGAAUGGAUUAUCUACAAUAAAGAUCAAUUUAACGAAAAAAUUGUAUUGGAAUUAGGCUCAGGAAUAGGCUUAACAGGGCUGGUUUUAUCAAAAACCUGCGAAGCAAAGCAAAUCUACCUCACAGAUUGCCACGAAACUGUCCUAGAAAACUUACGCGAAAAUACAGAAAUUAAUUUAGUAGACACUUCAAGUACUGUUGAUAAUUACAAGUUUUUGAAAGUUUUAUGCACCCGUAAGAACGUUAGCGUUUUCAACCUCCCUUGGGAAGAUUUUGACAUGGAAAUUUGUAAGGACCUGGGAAAUAUAGAUGUUGUUAUAGGAGCGGAUAUUAUAUAUGACAAAGACCUAUUUCAAUCGUUAUUAAACGCCAUGAGACGAUUGAAGGAAUUUUGCGGUGUUAAAAAAUUCAUUUUUUCGUGUACGGAACGAAACGUAGAAACCCUCGAAGGAUUCUUACAUUUAGCAAGACAAUCAUUCCAGCAUGUAGAACAAGAAACAAUUCCCGAUCAAUCAAAUUUCAUUUGGCCGACAGAUACCCCAAUUAGGAUAUUUACAUUCAGGGACUAAACAAUUGUACGGAUACGCAUUG